CUGAGACCGAAGAGGGGACAGGGGACGAAGCAAUUUCAUGACCCAAAGGAUGCUGCGGUGUCUGUACACCCAGCGGCGGUGGGCGCACCGCCGGGGCGGCUUCGUCACCGGCGGCACUGGCUGGUCGCAGAAGGCCCGCCCAGCCGCCGUGAUGGGCGCGAAGAAGUCGGAGUGGUGGGCGGUGGACGGCGAGCUGCACGAGAUCGGGGAGGGCGUGCCACACCGCGAGCGCUUCGCCAUUCCGCGCGACAACCUCCCGAACCGCCGACGCAAGCAGAUGCGCGAGCAGUUCAUGCGCCGCACGCGUCUCGUCCUCAAGGACUCGGAACAUGAAACCUGGUGCAAAAAAUAUAUGGAACUGUACCAAGAACUUAGAGAGAACUGGGAACGGUUGUACUGGGAUGAAGGUUAUUCAAAAAAGAUUGCCGAAGAUCGUGCUAAUUAUGACUCUGCUGAAGAAGAUGAUCUAGACUUCUCACCAUACAGGAGAAGGAGCUCCAGUGCAGAGCCAAACAAGGACCUUGGUUUUGGGGAAAGCAAACAGGGUGAAACAUGGGAAAGGGUUACUCAAAUUCGUGACAAGUUUGAGUAUGACAGAGAAAGGAGAAUGAGAGAGCGAGCGUUUGCUCCCAUGAAUAUGGAGAACAAUUUUGGCCAGCAGAACUGGAAAAGGCCAGAAGCCAGAACGAGUCAGGGUUUUCCUCGGCAAACAUAGAAACUAAGUCUGGUCAUGAUUGGGUUUCAUAAAUCAAACUGGUCGGGGUUUCCAACGUGACCAAGUCCCUGAGAUCAGCACUAUUCGGAUUUCCGAAAGGAAUCAAGUUUCAGAAAUCGGCAAUAUCCAAAUUUCCGAAACCAGCUUGAUGGAAACAAUAAGUGAUUUGGUGACCAGAGUCAAGUUUUAGCCAGCAUGUUGCAAUCCUGCGGGAACACUAAAAGGUGGUGCGCGAUUGCCGAGUCUUUGUGCUUGCUGAUUUCACACUUUUGUAAUGCUAAUUGAAUUGAAAAUGAGAUGAGAAGUGAUGACAUGCUUUUAUGUUCGUUGAUGUAGUCGUACUACAGUUUAGCCUCGUCUGUCAAAAUGAGAUGAGUGUAACAUAAGAUACAGCUGCCCUAUUUUGCCCUCGCGGCCUUGCCCAGCUCUUAUCGUGAGACAGAAUGGUUUUUACUCAAUGCAGUCCAACAGUUCUAUAAUGCUGGAGCAUUUCAUUCA